UGUCGGGAUCGGAGCCGGAGACAGCACUUUCGGGUCGGGGUUGGGGGGUUCGGGGGCGGCGGACGACUCCAGCACAAGUCGCCCCGAAAGAGAAGGAAAACAAGAGCGGAAUUGGUGUGGUUCGCUCGCCCGCGGAAGUUCCACUCGGAUUCGGGUACGUGCUGGACCUGCUGCCGUCCGGAGCUCCGAGACGUCUUGGUCGAGGUUCAGAGGCCCAGAAACGAGCUCCGCUCUGGGAUGAGCUCUGCCCGCCGUCGCCCUCUUUCCACCAGAACUUCCGGAAGAACUUCGCGGGCAACGUUGUGAGGGUGCGUGGUGUGGGUAACGCCAUCGCAGUGCCAUGGCUCUGGUUCAAGCUCUUCCCGUCACUGACCGCCCCAAUCCCGGCGUCGACGUCCAGCAGCACCAGCCGCUAUCCUCCUCGCACUCCCCGCCGGCCUCCCGCAGCACGGCCACCGCUAUGGGUUCCGUAAGCAGUCUCAUAUCGGGCCGGACGUACCAGGAGAGGCACUGCCGGGCGGCCAGCGAAUUCGCAGCCAAGGCGCGGCGCUCCACGCCCGCUACCAGCUGCUUCCGCCUCCAGGAUAACACCCUCCGCAGCGCGAGCUCCUUGGAGCAGCUGCUGGUUAUCUGCAACCAAACGCAGGAGCACCACCCCCAGGCCCAGGUUCUACCUCCACCGCUGCCCACUAAGAAGCAGCCUAGGCCGGGCAACUCCGCAGUGCCGUCCGGCGGGGCUGGAACGACCGCCGGUGUUGCUGGGGGCGGGGUUAAUAAUAACUCGGGAUACGUGAACAGCGAAGUGGUUCCCGGAGACUGGAACGACAACCUGGUGGUGGCCGCUGCAAGCCCCUUCAGCGACUCAGAGGACCAACGGGAAAAUAGGACCCUGAAUGGCAACAUAGGAGGACCUCCCCCCAAACUCAUCCCAGUUUCUGGACAGCUAGAGAAGAACAUGGAAAAAGUGCUGAUCCGUCCAACGGCGUUCAAGCCCGUCGUUCCCAAGAAUCGCCACUCGGUGCAUUACCUGUCCCCGCGACCGGCGGGCUGCAGUCUGUCCGAGAGCCAGGGCAGCCUCAACCUCCUCUUGCCCCCCGGGGGGUCCUCCGGCGGAGCCAACGAGGCCAGUGGCGGCAGCUCCGCUUCGGAGGAGAAACGAGACUCCUUCAGCGGGGGGCGCAACGCCCGCAGCAGCCAGUCCUGCUCCAUAUCGGACUCCGGGAGGAACUCGCUCUCCAGCCUGCCCACUCACAGCAGCACAGGCUACAGUUUGGCCCCCAGCGAGGGCUCCAGCUCCGGGUCGGCGCACCAGGAUGCCGGGCAGGUCCCGGUCAGAAACACUUCGGGCGGGAUCGGGAUUCACGGUCAUCACUCGGACAGCGGACGCUCGUCAUCCAGCAAGAGCACCGGCUCGGGCUCGCUGAGCGGGCGCGGGCAGCCCCUGUCGGACAGCGGCUCGUGCGGCCACUCGUCGCCGCCCGUGGAGGGCUACGAGGUGGUGGUGAGGGACCUGGAGGAGAAACUGAAGGAGCGCGACAUGGAGCUCCAGCAUCUACGGGAAAAUCUGGACGAGAACGAAGCCGCCAUCUGCCAGGUCUACGAGGCCAAGCAGCGUCGCUGCGAAAGCGAGAUGGAGGAGCUGAGGCAGAACUGCGCCACCAAGAUGAAGCAGGCCUCUCAGAAGGCCCAGAGGACUCAGCAGGUCUUACAGUUGCAGGUCUUUCAACUCCAGCAAGAGAAAAAGAAGCUGCAGGAGGACUUCUCGUCGCUGCUGCAGGACCGGGAAACCCUGGAGAGGAGGUGCGCCAACAUCCAGCGCGAGCAGACACAGCUGGGCCCGCGGCUGGAGGAGACCAAGUGGGAGGUGUGUCAGAAGUCAGGAGAGAUCUCCCUGCUGAAGCAGCAGCUGAAGGAGAUCCAGUCCGAGCUCAGCCAGAAGGCCGGCGACAUCGUGGUGCUGAGGGCGCAGCUGAGGGAAGCCCGAUCGGAGCUGCAGGCCAGCCAGGUUCGCUCUCAGGAGGCCCAGGCGGCCCUGCGCACGCGAUCCCUGGAGCUGGAGGUCUGCGAGAACGAGCUCCAGAGGCGGAAGAGCGAAGCCGAGCUGCUCCGGGAAAAGCUGUCGCGCCUGGAGGACGAGACGCUGCGCCUGCGGGACUCCCUGACGGCCGGGGGCGUGAAGGCCCAGUGCGCCGGCCUGCCCGCCUAUCAGGGUCGGGGCGUGUCCGGGAGGGGAGGACCCAGCCCCUGCGUGUACCGCGACCUGGACGACGCCCACGCGGGUUGGGGAGGGGAGAGCGACGAAGCCAAGGCGCACAGGCAGAAUGCAGAAGCUCUGCUGGGACUCAGACAACAGGUGGAGCGGCUGAAAGCCGAGCUGAUGUACGAGCGGCGGACGAGCGAGGAGCAGCUGUCUCGGUUCGAGGACGAGCGCACGGUGUGGCAGGAGGAGAAGACGAAGGUGAUCCGCUACCAGAAGCAGCUGCAGCAGAACUACAUCCAGAUGUACCGGCGGAACCGCGACCUGGAGCGCGUGAUGCGGGAGCUGAGUCUGGAGCUGGAGAACAGGGACAUGGACGAGUACGAGGUGCACAGCGGCAGCAACGACAUCCACUUUGAGGAGAUCACCGCCACGGAGAUCUAAAAAAAAAAAAAACAAACAAAAAAAAACGCCAGACCCCCCCCUCUCUCCACUUGGGGGGGGGGGGGGGGCUUUAAUUCUUGAGCGGCUCCCAAAGGUGCGUUCUUCCUUCGCCGCUGCACUCCUCGUGAUCUUUCAUACUGCGUUUCACCUGCACUUUUUAAAAGAAUUUUACUCCACCACUACAAAGUCAGCACAAAACAAAAAAAAAAAAAAUCUUCUGAAGCGCUGAGAAGUGUUCAAAUCAGGGUACUAUUGAGGAUUGUAGGAAAAAAAAAAAAAAUCAAACUGUUGGCCACGUGCACAUUUUCUCACAAUUAAGCAACGGGGCACUAGCAUGUCAUGUCAUGUUAUGUGAUGAUAACGCCCGUUACGUCUGCUACUUCAUGUUGUGUCGUGUAUUUCUAAAGGGAGAUAUUAGCCUGAGCAUGCUAACGUUGGUCCCUUUUAAAUGGUAGUACCACCCCAGGCCUUCGGGAGCGCGACAGUGAGCUGCAGCGCAAACUUUUUCCCCUCUAUCCUCACGAUUAGCGGCUCAGUUUAGUGCAGUUGCGUUUCUGUUUUGAAAUUACGUCAAGCGGAGGAAAAAAGCCCACCUCCGUCGUCCUUGAGACAACAAUUGCCUGACGGAAAGAGUUUUAUUCAUGAGGAGACUGUAACAGGGUAAGCUAACAUUAGCAUGUUUGCCAUUGCUAGCCUUUGUAUCGGCAAAUGUUAACUGAUACUCAGCCAGUCAGCAGGGGGCUACAAAAUGGCACCAGCAUACGUCGACCAGGGAUAUGAAAUAGUAUAGUGAGCCCUCGUGUAUCGGGGGGGGGGGGGUGCAUUCCAGACCCACCCCCGCACUGAGGUGAAAAUCUCCCAGCCGCAUUAUUGAAAUUAAAAAUGAUCUGACUCAAAACGAGCGCGCAUAGCGACUCAAAUACGUUGGCACCAGUGGAAGCAACAUUUCAUCACCAAAACACACCCGUCAAUGAAUGUUGCGGUUUGGUGGCUAACAAAUAUCCCCACCUCGUCAAUUUAACCGAACAUUUUUAGCAAAGGCUAACGCUAAUCUGUGCUAACACUGCUGCUUUAGUUAUUACAGGGAUGAGACUAAGAGGGCCUCAUUCACUCACAGGCAUUUUUGAUAAGAGCCACAUAAAUUAAUAUUUACACGGUUGUUUGAUUUCGCGCUUAACGGAGGAUACAAAUAGUCCAUUUUCCAAAAUAUGUCCCAAUCGAGAGAGAGAGAGAGAGAGACGCAGCAGUCGGAGAUGUCAGCAGGACGUUUGUGAUUUUGCUCUCUUAGUCUGCUUUCCUCUAUUUUUAGCAGCGUUGGGAAACUAAAAAUGGAGUCUCGCUGCUGCUUCUUUCUUUUUCUUCCUCAGGCUUCUGUUUGAACUUGAGGUGGGCUUCUAUGCACACUUUUAGUUUCUUCCUCACAGCGAGCUUUUUUUUUUUUUUUUUUUUUUAUAAA